AUGAACUGUGUAAGGCCGCCGCUGCUCAAGAAACCGUCGCGUGGCUUUGCCUGGUCCUGCGCUGCAUGCAGCCGUGCUCAGGAGCGCAAGCUGGAGGCGCGCAACACCCCCAACGUCCUCGAUCCCAAUGGCACCCAUUUUGACGACGAAGAUGAGUUCCUCGAAGACGAUGAGGAUGACCCGCCUGGCGUCCAGACCGGCAUGACCAGUCGCACCAGUCCGGCCACCGAGGACUUGCACCAAGAGGCCACGGCUGAGCAGAUCUAUCAGUGCAGCCUAUGGCCAUACCGUUACCUAGGAAUGCACUGCAAGGUUGAGGAUGCCCUGGACUACGAUGAUCGCAUUUUCCCCCGUGCGAGUACCCGGCUAGGACCGCGUCACCAGGCCGUUGUUGUCCCGUGGUACGGGCGCCCGGUGAAGUAUGUGAAGCCUCUGGAAAUCAAGAAGACCGGCCGAAAGGACGGAAAGCUCAACAAGGAGCAGCAGGCUCUUCUGGAAGCCGAGCGCAAAAAGCGCGAGACACGUCCGCAGUGGAUACAGGACGAGCCUGCCGGCUAUGUCGAGAGAGGUGGCGAUGAUACCAUCACAGUACUCUACAAGCCCCCUCAACUCUGUGGCAAGCAGAUGCCCAACGAAGCCAUUGACGAGUUCAUGGACAAGGUCAGAGGCAUGGCGGUAGAGCUGGGCCUUCCGCCACGAUCGACCAACUUGCAAGAUGUUGCUAGAGACCUCCUCUUCAAGAACGAUUUCGAUCCUAAGAAGGCCCUGCAGCAGCUGUCCAAGGUCCCCAAGGAGGAGUUCAAGGAACCCGAGCUCACUCCUGCCGAACUCAAGAAGUUCGAGGAGGGUGUUGGAAAAUACGGCUCCGAGUUGCACCUGGUCAUGAAACACGUCAAAACCCUGACUCCGGCAACAGUAACCCGAUUUUACUACACGUGGAAGAAAACGGAGCGAGGAAAGCAAAUCUGGGGCAACUUCGCUGCGAGAAAGGGAAAAAGGGACGCAAAGAAGGCCGAGGCUGCUGCCACCAAACAGGCCGACGACGUUGCAGACGAUCACGACGAUUCCGCUUUUGAUGCAGGUAAAGCCAAGGCUCAAAAGAAGGCCUUCAUGUGCAAGUUUUGCGCCACCAAGUCGUCGCGGCAAUGGCGUCGUGCGCCCACCAUCUCACAACCCAUCGGCGAGACUAACGGCCGUAGUACCAAACAGGACAAGAAGGGAGACUUUAUUCCUGCUCUCUGUCGCCGAUGCGCCGAGCUUUGGCGCCGGUACGCUAUCCAGUGGGAAGAUGUGGACGAAGUUGCAAAGAAGGUUGCUCAGACCGCAGGCCGCAACUGGAAGCGCAAGGUCGACGAAGACCUCUACAAAGAGCUGCUCGCGGCCGAUGAGAUGAUUGCCAACACCAAGAUCCGUACUCCCGAGCCUACACCUGACCCCAAACUUGUCCAUGAGCCACCAGCGGUUGGUCAAGAGCCGCCGCGGAAGAAGCUCAAGAGCUCUGCUCGCGAAAAGGAUAAGGACAAGGAGAAGGAGAAGGAAAAGGUGGAAAAAGAAAAGGAGAAGGAGAAGGAAAAGGAGAAGGAGAAAGAAAAAGAAAAGGAGAAGGAGAAGGAGUUGGAGCCCGCAGUCUCAGAGCCGGGCAGUGUGGCAUCAACUCCUACACCAGUUGUCGCGAAGAAGAAGGAAAAGGUCAUCGAGAAGCCAGUGAUUAUCGAGAAGCCAGCUCCGCCUCCACCGCCUCCUGUCCCCGAAAUGCCGAAACCGCGAACAUUACCCUGCGCAAUCUGUCGUCAGAUGGAACCUAUGGGGGACCAACAUAUCUCUUGCAAGGAGUGCCGGAUGACGGUUCAUCGCAACUGCUAUGGCGUUAUUGAGCAUCGGGCUCCUGGGAAAUGGACGUGCGAUAUGUGCCUGAACGACAAGAGCCCGCAGGUAUCAUUGAGCUACAAGUGCGUCCUUUGCCCGGUUGAAAAGACGGAGCAUGACUUUGUUGGGCCACCCAAGAACUCCCACAAGAAAAAGACCGAGAAGGAGCGUGAACGUGAACGCCAAGAGCGGGAAAAUGCCAUCAAGGCUGCCGAGUAUUAUCGGAAAAAGCAAGAGGAGAUGAACCGACCCGUCGACCCGCGCGAACCUCUGAAACGAACUGCAGACAACAAUUGGGUGCAUGUCACUUGCGCGGUUUGGACUCCGGAGGUCAAGUUUGGUAAUGCCAAAGCGCUUGCCCCUAUUGAGGGCAUCCCAUUGAUAAACCGAACCAAGUACUCAGAGAUUUGCAGAGCUUGCAAGAAGGAUGGGGGAGCUUGUGUCAGCUGCUACCACUGCAAAUCACCAGUGCACGUCGAGUGUGCUCACAAGGCCGGGUAUGUUCUCGGCUUCGACAUCACACCGGUGAAGGGUUCUCGCCGUGAUCAGCAUAACAUCGUCACUCUCGGGGGUGAGAGUGGUACCAUGUCGGCCGCGAUCUGGUGCAAGGAACACGCGCCUCAGAAGGGAGCGUAUCACCCAAUGCACGAGAAGGUUGACGAGACUGGCAUGACUGCACUACAGCUCUAUGUUCAGAACUACAAGCAGGCCGACUUGACUCUGACGGGUUGCGCAAGGAAGGCCAUCCAGAUCACUCCGACCACUCGACCCACAUCGUCGUCUGCUUCAUCGAUAAGUCAUCAGACCAGGCGAAUCUCGACGAUCCAUCUACUCAAUGGGGACCACGGAGACUCGGCCCCGGGCUGCCGACAACCGGGCGGCAAGAUAUGCUUGACUUGCGGGACUGAUGUGAGUCCCAAGUGGUACCCCAUCGAUGAAGCUCAGGAGCGUGGGCUUGUCAAUGGAUACUACGGGAAUUUGGGAUCUGAGGCACAGAAAUUCAUCGAGCAGAGGAGCGUCCAAUGCCAUAAGUGCAAGAAGGAGGGGCGUCAACCACAUGUGCACCCUAAGAGGGAGCCAACACCCCCUCCUCCUCCCCAACCGCUUUUGAUUCCUGCCGUCGAGCCGGUCAUUCGUCCGGUACCGGUAUCUCAGCCGCCGCCAGUGGCACCACCAGUCCCAGCUCCAACAGCUCCUACGGCUGUCAUGGAUAUUCCAGGCAGACAGCCUGGCCCAAGCCCAUACAGCUGGUCACCGGGUGUCCAGGCAGCUCCCAUCCCACCUCCGCUAGCUCACCCAGCCCCUAUUCGUCCCCCGGUGCCACAUCCUUCUGUUCCUGCAUCGGGACCUGUUGCUCCGCAGGUUCAAGCUCCCCCGCCGGCACUUCCGCCGAGCCUCGCUCCUCGGGGCCCGUCUAUGCCACAAUCCCUGUUUGCAUCAGGACCACCGAGACCUUACGACGACUGGCACCGUCAGCCAUCAGGUCAUCCACCACCGCUGCAUCCGAGUCGGCAGAUGAACGGCACUGGUCCUUCACCACCACCGUUGAACAGCAUGCCUUCGUUGGCACCGCCUAACCAUCUUCGGCCAUCACCCUCGCUCUCUAUCGCGAACCUGACACACGCUCAACCCCCGCCUCCUCUGCCUCAAAACGGGCACAACGGGCACAACGGGCACAUGGCGCACCCAUCUCCUUAUGCAAGAAUGGAUGGCCUGCCACCUUCGCCUCGUCGAAUGAGCGGCCAGCCUACCACACCGAGCGGCGGCUCCUAUCUAUCAGGAGGCUCUCUCCACAGCCACGGCGGACCACCCGAUUUGCGACCGCCUACCGAUCUUCGAAAUGACUAUCGAAACGAUCUACGAGCAGACCCGCGACCGCAUAGCAUGCUGAACCACCCAGUUCCUCACCACCACGUUGCCGGGCCACCACCACCCCCUCAUCCUUCUCAGCAGGAGCAACAUCAACCCUUGUCCUUCCUAAGGCAUUGGAACAACCAUACUGCACAGCAAAAUCACGCGCAGCCACCUCCGCUGCAUCAUGCCUCUUCUUACCAACAGGUAUCCGGUCUGCCGCCGCCGCCGAGGGAUAACAAGCCGAAGGACAUCAAGACUGGUGCGAGCUCUAGUCCGUCGCUGAGGAAUCUUCUUCACUAA